AUGGCAGUGGCGGCGCUGGACGGUGCAGCGUGGGGCGUGGGCCUUUCUGAGGGCCCUCGUGCUGCGGCGGACACUGCAUUCGGUGCGAUGGAACGCACACCUGUCUUUGAACAAGCGCCAGAGCACACGCCCGAGGCCGCGCAGCCGGCGCCGGCCCAGGCACCGCCGAGUGUGUCGCGGCCCAAGCGCAAGCCGGUGCACCUCGACGAUAUCCAGCCUGCGUACUUUUACCCGAUGGACGCGUACGUCCCCGAGCACAUGGACGACGAGGACGAGGAGGAGGACGAGAAGGUGCCGGUGCAAGGCGUGCCGGUCUUUACGCCGACCAUGGAGCAGUUCGCCGACUUUUAUGCCUAUUGCCAGGCGAUCGACCGCUGGGGCAUGCAGAGCGGCAUCGUCAAGAUCAUUCCGCCAAAAGAGUGGACAGGAUCACUGCCGAGCCUCGGUAUGGACCAGCCGGCGUCGGAGGAGAUCGCUCGGAUCGACCGCGUGCGCAUCAAGAAUGCCAUCACGCAGCACUUUCUCUCUGCCGGGCCCGGGCGCUGGAAGCAGACGAACGUGACGCGUGCCAAGGUGUGGGAUGCCAAGCAGUGGUUCGAUCUGUGUCUGGACGAUGCGCAGCGGGGGCCGCCGAUGGCGCGGAUCCGCGCCAAGGCCGAGGCGGCAGUCGCUGCAGAGAAGGCCAACGCGCAGAGCCGCCUGUACACCGCGCCGCCCGAGAGCGCCAAGAUUCCCUCGCACGGGGACGGGGUGCGCACGCGUAGUGGCGGCGCGUCGUCGCGUGAGCCGGCCAAGAGCAAGGUCGGCAAGACGCAUGCCACGAGCGGCGACGAGUGGGCGGCCUUUGACUACCGAAACGGCUGGACGCACGAGGCGCAGGAUAGCGAUACGCCGCCGUCCCCGUCCGAAUGGACGCCGCAAGCGUGCCGCGCGAUCGAGUCCGAGUACUGGCGCAGCCUCAACUUUGGCAAGCCGCCCAUGUACGGAGCGGACCUGCAAGGCACGCUCUUUGACCAGCGCACGACUGCGUGGAACGUCGGCGAGCUCGAUAGCCUCCUGUCGCGGCGCCUGAAGCAUGCGCUGCCCGGAGUCACGACGCCCUACCUCUACUUUGGCAUGUGGCGCGCGUCGUUCGCGUGGCACGUCGAGGAUAUGGAUCUCUACUCGAUCAACUACAUCCACUUUGGCGCGCCGAAGCAGUGGUACGCCAUCCGCCAGGCCGACCGCCAGCGCUUCGAGUCGGUGAUGGCCGCCGCCUUCCCGACCGACUCGCGCAAGUGCCCCCACUUUAUGCGGCACAAGUCGUUCCUUGCCUCGCCGACGUUCCUCGCCUCGCAAGGCAUCCGCCCGCUGCGGCUCGUGCAGCAUGCGCAAGAGUUUGUCAUUACCUAUCCCUACGGCUACCAUUCGGGAUACAACAUGGGAUACAACUGCGCAGAGAGCGUCAACUUUGCGCUCCCGACCUGGAUCGAUAUCGGCCGCGAGGCGGACUAUUGCAAGUGCGAGCUGGCUCAAGAGAGCGUGCACUUUGACAUUGAUGAGUUCUUUGACGAGCCAAAGACGAAGCGGCGCAAAGAGGUCAGGCCCAAGGAGGAGACGCCGCCGAAAGUCGCGCUGGUCGAGGCGCCCAAGGACGCCAAGAAAGACGCCAAGCCGCCGGCGGACCUGCCGUACGCGUGCGUCUUUUGCGUAUCGCCGCACGUCACGCAGGGUAUGGUACCGGUCCCCCGCGAGGACGCGGCGGCGCUGCAGCGCAGUGCUGCCUCGAAAAAGUCGUGCGAAGUCGCGAUGCACGGCGGCGCGCUUGCCGCGCACCAGCUGUGUGCGUGCUUCAUCCCCGAGACAUAUGUCAGCGACGACCACGUCCAAGGCGCGGCCGGGAUCGAAAAGGCACGGUGGGGCCUCAAGUGCCAGUCGUGCACGGACCCCAUGCAUGCCAAGCACGGCGCCAAGAUCCAGUGCACCAAAGGGCGGUGCCCUCGUGCAGUGCACGUCGGCUGUGCACUUGCAGAGGACAGCGGCUGGUUCCUCGACUUUGUGCCCGAGGCGGAUGCCGACCGCCUCGAAGGCGUCGCCAAGAAGAGCAAGAAGGGACGGCCGGCCGCCGCGUCUGCCACGCCGGGAUCCGACGCGUCGGCCGCCGCGACGCCUGCGUCCGGCGCCGCACCUGCUGUCGCGCCGGGGUCCCACGGUGCUGCGGCUGCGCCUUCCGGCUCUGAAGCCGCGGCAGCGGUGGCGUCAGACACCGCGCCGGGCGCCGCGGUGCCCAUCGCAGUGCCACCCCCUUUGCAUCCUGCCAUCGCCCCUGAGCCCGAGUUGAGCGAGGACGCUGCCGAGCGCCUCGUGGUCCUGUGCCGUGCACACAACCCCCUGCGCCAGCAAGAAGAAGCCGCGCGGCGCGAGCAGGAGUUCGCUGCCUUUGUCCGUAAUCUUGAGAUCGGGGGAUGGGUGCAUAUCAAGAGCGGAAGCGGCGUGUGGACGACGCGCCUGCGCCACAUUGACUAUACCCUGCGCCUGAUGCAUGUCGACGAGGCGCCUGACGAGCUUCCGACGACCGUUGCGCUGCCCCUUUCGCGCCUCGUGCUGGACAACAAGGUGCGCCCUCCCCCCCCGGCCACGGUGGACCAUGGCUAUGUUCUCGAGUGCAAAGUGCCGGUCCGGCGAACACACGAUGCGACGCCGGCCGAUGGUAUUAAGGAGACGCUACAUAGUGAUGCGACUGCCACGUAG